ACCGUGACGUCAGGGCCGCGCGGCACGGGGGAGCUGUCCUCGCGCGGAGGCUGCUGCUGCUGAAACAAGAUGGCGGUACGCGGCGCAGGAGGAGCAGUGGAUGAGAGCUGAGGAGAUGCAGAGGAGGAAGCAGAGGGGGGCGAGGAACCACUCCAGUCAGUCCUGUCCUGCCCAGAGAGCACCAACAGCCCAGCGGAGAAAGAGACCGGCUCUUGACAUGAUGCUGACUUGCUUCCGUUACCAUUUAGGGUAACGGGGUUUUGACGGUUUGAGUUUUUUUUCUUCUGUAGCCAGGAGACCGACGGACAGACCAAACAAAUCACGGAGCACUAGUAGAGGACAGCCGGGGACGCUCACACCGCUAUCAGAGAUGUCCCUGCUGUGUGUGGGAGUGAAGAAAGCCAAGCUGGAUGGACCCCAAGAGAAAUUCAACACUUAUGUGACGCUAAAGGUACAAAAUGUGAAGAGCACAACCAUCGCUGUCAGGGGCAACUUGCCCAGCUGGGAGCAAGACUUCAUGUUUGAAAUUAACCGCCUGGACCUGGGUCUGACAGUGGAGGUGUGGAACAAAGGCUUGAUCUGGGACACCAUGGUUGGAACUGUGUGGAUUCCCCUGCAUAGCAUCCGGCAGUCUGACGAGGAAGGACCAGGCGAAUGGCUCACACUGGACUCUCAGGUCAUCAUGGCUGAUAAUGAGAUCUGUGGCACCAAAGAUCCCACUCUGCACCUGGUGCUGCUCGAUACGCGCUUCGAACUGCCGCUAGAUAUCCCUGAGGAUGAGGCACGCUACUGGGCUAAGAAAUUGGAGCAGCUCAAUGCCAUGAGGGACCAAGAUUACUCGUACCAGGAGGAACAGGAACGACCUCUCCGUGUACCGGGAACCCAGUGCUGUAACUGGAGUCUUUGGGGAGAACAACAAAAUGAAGACCCAGAUAGUGCCGUGGACGACAGAGACAGCGACUAUCGCAGUGAAACCAGUAACAGCAUCCCCCCUCCCUACUACAGCACAUCCCAGCCCAACGCCUCCGUCCACCAGUAUCCCAUCAGCCACCAGCACCGCGGCUCCAGAAGCGUCUCUUACCCACGCUCUGGCAACAGUCAGGACCUCGACUACCAAAACCAGAGAACUGUCAGUCCCACCGGGAGCUAUGCAUCCUCUGCAGAGCUCAGCCGGUGCAGCAGUCAGCUGAGCGAGGAAGACUACGGUGGUGAGUACGGAGAGAGGGACCCGUAUGAUGAGAAUGACUCCUACCACUCCUGCCACUCCUCGGUUAGCUACAGUAAAGGCUCUCCAGACUGGGACCCCGAUGAGACCCAGGGGGCGUACAGCGACGAGGGCGGCUACAGCAAAGACGGAGGAGAGGAGGUGGCUUUGUACGAGGAGGAUGACGGAGGUUUGUAUGAGGGGGAAGAGGAAGGCCUCUAUGAGGACGAGGAGAUAAUGUAUGACGAUGAAGAUUUGUACAAUCUGGAUGGGACGCUCAGCGAGGACAUGGAGCCACCGUUCACCCCUACUCCGACGUCGACCGCCCCCCCGACGCUUGACGUGCCGAACUCGAGACCUCCGCUGGAGAAACAACCCUCUCUACACCAACAGCAGCCUCCUUCUCAACCCCCGAACCAGACACCCAACCAGACUCAUCCUCCUGGGACGGCGCCAACAGCACAGCCUCCUUCUGGUCAGCAGACAGCCCAACCACCUAAACAGCCCCCGACACAACCUCAGCCGCAACCAGCACCAUCUGCCACUUCCUUCUUCUCAAUGGCCAAACCUCUAACCGCUGCAGUCACCGGAUUAGCUUCGAGUUUCCUGUCUUCCGUUCCCGCCGCGCAGCCGGCCCAGUCUCACCCUCAAGCAUCAGCUGUGUCCCAACAACACCCGCCCGCUGCUGUCAGCAGUGUCCCUCCAUCCCACCCCUCCACCAUGGCUAACUCGUCCUCCCAGCCUCCCUCCACCGCCACAGGCCCUUCUUCACAACAGACCCCGUCUUCUGCAUCUCAUCAUAACCAGCUCAACGAUUCUGCCACCGCGCAGCCAGAUGUUAUUGAAGACAAAGCUCCCUCCCUGGAGGAAGAGCCUUGGCUAGAAGAGGAGAUGAUGUUGGAGGAGGAAGCCAGGACUCCCCCUGUUCAACCUGAGGAGAAGCUUUCGAUGGAGGAGAAAGAGGAGCAUUUCGAAGAGAGCAGACAGCCGACGCCAGAAGAGGAACCAGAGAUGCCACCUGAGAGUCCUCCAGUAAUAGAGGAGCCCAAGGAGCCGGUUGAUCCAGCGGUCCGAGCCAAAGAGAACUGGCUAAGGCUCUACAACAAGGUCUUAGAGCAGCUUCGAGAGGCUCGAGGAGAAACCUCCAGCUCGCUGUGGUUCGGUAAAGGAGGAAUGGGAGGAGCACUCUACAGUAUUGACAGCAUGCCUGACCUUCGCAAGAGGAAAGCCAUUCCUCUGGUCAGAGAUCUGGCGAUGUCUCUGGUGCAGAACUCACGUAAAGCUGGAAUCACCUCAGCCAUGGCUUCCACCACCCUCGGCAAUGAAGAGCUGAAGAGCCAUGUUUAUAAAAAGACCCUGCAGGCGCUCAUCUACCCCAUCUCCUCCACCACACCGCACAACUUUGAGGUGUGGACAGCCACCACCCCCACCUACUGCUACGAAUGUGAGGGACUGCUGUGGGGAAUCGCACGUCAAGGCAUGCGCUGCUCUGAGUGUGGCGUCAAAUGCCACGAAAAAUGCCAGGAUCUGCUCAACGCCGACUGUCUGCAGAGAGCUGCAGAGAAGAGCUCCAAGCACGGCGCAGAGGACCGCACCCAGAGUAUCAUCAUGGUUUUGAAGGACCGCAUGAAGAUCAGAGAGAGAAAUAAGCCAGAGAUCUUUGAGCUGAUCCAGGAAGUGUUCGCCCUCGACAAAACAACACACGCGACUCACAUGAAGCAGAUCAAGCAGAGCGUCCUUGAUGGGACCUCCAAAUGGUCUGCCAAGAUCAGCAUCACAGUGGUAUGUGCUCAGGGCCUUCAGGCUAAAGACAAAACUGGCUCCAGCGACCCAUAUGUAACUGUUCAAGUUGGGAAGACCAAGAAGAGGACCAAGACCAUCUACGGAAACCUCAACCCCGUCUGGGAAGAGAACUUUCACUUCGAAUGCCACAACUCAUCUGACCGCAUCAAGGUCCGUGUGUGGGACGAGGACGAUGACAUCAAGUCUCGUGUGAAGCAGAGGUUCAAGCGUGAGAGUGACGACUUCCUGGGUCAAACCAUCAUUGAAGUCCGCACUCUGAGCGGGGAGAUGGAUGUGUGGUACAACUUGGACAAGAGAACGGAUAAGUCUGCUGUGUCAGGAGCCAUUCGGAUGCACAUCAGUGUGGAGAUCAAAGGAGAAGAGACGGUGGCUCCUUACCAUGUCCAGUACACAUGUCUUCAUGAGCAUCUGUUCCAGUACACCACCGAGGAACAAAAUGGCGGUGUAGUGAAGAUUCCUGAUGCCAAAGGAGACGAUGCCUGGAAGGUCUACUUUGAGGAGACAGCUCAGGAGAUCGUGGACGAGUUUGCAAUGAGAUACGGAGUAGAGUCCAUCUACCAGGCCAUGACACACUUUGCCUGCUUAUCAUCUAAGUACAUGUGCCCAGGAGUUCCAGCUGUGAUGAGCACCCUACUUGCUAACAUCAACGCUUACUACGCACACACCACCCAGUCCUCCAACAAUGUUUCUGCGUCUGACAGAUUUGCUGCAUCCAACUUUGGCAAGGAGAGGUUUGUCAAACUUCUGGAUCAGCUGCACAACUCCCUGAGGAUCGACCUGUCCAUGUAUCGGAACAACUUCCCUGCUAGUAGUCCGGAAAGACUACAAGACCUGAAGUCUACUGUUGACCUGCUGACUAGCAUCACAUUCUUCAGGAUGAAGGUCCAGGAGCUGCAGAGUCCCCCCAGGGCGAGUCAGGUGGUGAAGGAUUGUGUAAAAGCCUGUCUCAACUCCACCUACGAGUACAUUUUCAACAACUGCCACGAUCUCUACAACAGGGAAUACCAGACAGACCCUUCAAAAGCAGUCCCUCCAGAUGAGCAGGGGCCCAGCGUCAAAAACCUGGACUUCUGGUCGAAACUCAUCACCCUCAUCGUCUCCAUCAUAGAGGAGGAUAAAAACUCAUACACUCCUUGCCUUAAUCAGUUUCCUCAAGAACUCAAUGUGGGCAAGAUCAGCGCGGAGGUCAUGUGGAACAUGUUUGCACAAGAUAUGAAAUACGCCAUGGAGGAGCAUGAGAAGCAACGCCUGUGUAAAAGUGCAGAUUAUAUGAAUUUGCACUUCAAGGUGAAGUGGCUCUAUAAUGAGUACUGCAAGGAGCUGGCCACCUUCCAGAAGCAUGUACCUGAAUACCCGGCCUGGUUUGAGCCGUUUGUUGUCAUGUGGUUGGACGAGAACGAGGAAGUGUCCAGGGAUUUUCUCCACGGAGCGCUGGAGAGGGACAAAAAAGACGGGUUCCAGGUCACGUCGGAGCACGCUUUGUUCUCCUGCUCGGUGGUGGACGUGUUCUCUCAGCUCAAUCAGAGCUUUGAAAUCAUCCGCAAGCUGGAGUGUCCCGACCCUCAGAUCGUUGGCAACUACAUGAAGAGAUUCGCCAAGACUAUCGGCAACGUCCUGCUGUCUUACGCUGACAUCAUAGCAAAGGACUUUCCGAAUCAUGUCAAGAAAGAGAAAGUGCCAUGUAUCAUAAUCAACAACAUCCAGCAGCUCAGAGUCCAGUUGGAGAAGAUGUUUGAGGCCAUGGGAGGCAAAGAUCUCAACGUGGAGGCCAGCGACUUCCUGAAGGAGCUGCAGAACAAACUCAACAGUGUCAUGGACGACCUCAGCCGCAUCUUUGCCGUCAGUUUCCAGCCCCAGAUUGAGGAUAAUGUGAGACAAAUGGGGGACAUUUUAGCCCAAGUCAAAGGUCAGACGGUCCCAGCCAACGGCAGCGUAGUGCAGGAAGCUGACAACGUCCUGCAGCCUAUCAUGGACUUCCUGGACAGCAACUUGUCGCUGUUUGCCAAGAUCUGUGAGAAGACCGUCCUGAAGAGAGUGCUGAAGGAACUGUGGAAACUGGUGAUGAACACCAUGGAGAAAACCAUCGUGCUUCCAACACUUACUGACCAGACGGGCACUCAGAUGAUCUUCAAUGCUGCUAAGGAGUUGGGUCAGCUUUCCAAGCUUAAGGAGCACAUGGGCCGAGAGGAGGCCAAAGCUCUGACUCCUAAACAGUGUGCGGUCAUAGAACUGGCACUGGACACUAUUAAGCAAUACUUCCAUGCAGGCGGCGUGGGCCUGAAGAAAACCUUCUUGGAAAAGAGUCCAGAUCUGGCGUCUCUGCGCUACGCUCUGUCUCUGUACACGCAGGCCACGGACAAGCUCAUCAGGAAGUUCGUCCUCUCACAGAACGCUCAGGUCCACGGAGGGAAAGGAGUCAGGUACACGGCCAAUGAAGACACGCCACCAGAGAAAGCGUCUGGCGUGGAUGCGGUCGGCGAGGUGAUCAUGCACGUGGAUAUUUUACCCCAGCCGAACGGAGAGCACAAGAUCAGUGUGAAAGUGGUUGCUGCUAAUGACCUGAAAUGGAAAGCACAGGGCUUCAGGCCUUUUGUGGAAGUCUACAUCAUCGGCCCUCACCUCAGCGACAAGAAAAGGAAAUUCGCCACCAAGUCUAAGAACAACACCUGGUCCCCAAAGUUCAAUGAGAGCUUCCAGUACUCUCUGGGCACUGAGGUCGGCCCGGAAAGCUACGAGCUGCAGGUGUGCGUGAAAGACUACUGCUUCGCCCGGGAGGACCGCACCGUGGGGAUGGCCGUGCUGCAGGUGAAGGACAUAGCCAACAAGAACAGCGUCACCUGCUGGCUGCCGCUCGGCAGACGCGUCCACAUGGACGAGACGGGCCUGACGGUGCUGCGCAUCCUCUCUCAGCGCAACAACGACGACGUGGCCAAGGAGUUCGUCAAGCUCAAGUCGGACCAGCGCUCGGCCGAGGAGGGCCGCAGCUGAGCGAGGAGGGGAGCCAGGAAACACGUGUGCACAAAAAAAAAACCCAGAGAGAUUCCCGAAAAUACUCGACACCUACAUAGAUAGACGUGCAAUACACAAGCACACACAGAAAAACGCUCUAUUGUACAUAUAUCUGCAUACAUUAUGCAACAUUUACAUUGCAAUGUUAUCAAUGCAAACGUGGAAGAAUAUGUUUAUAAAAAUCCGAUUUAAUUACGCCGCACCACUCACAGCUCAUUUUAGGGAUAGCCUCACGUUAGCAAGCACUCACUCGCUCUUUCCUAUAACACAUCACCUUUUAUACGCCGUCCAUUUAGAUGUGGUAUGACGCAUCGCAGAGCAACAACAGAACCGUGUGAAUAGUUUCGAGAACGACCACUUUGCACUUUUGCUUCUCUGCGUCUUCAGGAGAGCCGUCCUCGCCUGCCGUCCGUCCGUCAGUCCGUCCGCUUGCCUGCCUGACUGUGUGUCGUUCUUCCAGUCCGCCCCUGUUGUUGGCCCUGCCUACUCUCCCCCACGUUGUGAUGUGUCGUGUACGUUCAGACGCGGAUCUAAGAUCAGAUUCCCUUUCGCCCGAAAAUUCCAAACACACAGCGCUGACCUUAGAUCAGUGUCCAGGGGGCAACACCACUGCUAGUCCGUCCUGUAAUGUACUAACGUCCUGCAUGUUGACCCCAGGAACACUGUGAUUCACUUUGUUAUAACCAUGGCAACCGUUCCCCUUCCACGUGAAAAAAAGAUGGGUGCCUCCAAAUAUUUUAUGUGUGUGAGCAUGGUGCAUAUAACCCCGUUACAAUAAGGUUUUAUAAACACGACCUGACAUUCUUUGUUAUCGUGGAGGAGACACGCCGACAGUGGAUCGCUGCUGAGCCGCCUGACAUGUGACGCGCCGAUAGUGGGAAAAGCUUGUCCUCACAAUUUGCAUUUUUAAAAAUGUUUUCUUGCUUCACGUCACGACACAAACGGAGCAAUACCCCAGCGUCUUACACCCCUAGAGUGCACAUUAACUCCUACAAGGGCUACAGGAUCAAUGGACUGGGACGUCACCUUACCAACUCAUUCUGUCCACGCUUGUGUUAGCAAACAGAAACACGCCGCACCACCACUCAGAGAGCCUGUCACGAGUGACGCUGUACAGGAACUGGAAAUAAAUCCACACGAAGCCUAAAAAGGACACUGGGGGGAACACGUUCCUCCCGAUCGCCUGCACACGUAUCUAAACCAUCUACUUAAGGCAAUAGCGGUUUGUUCGUUUGUUUGUUUGUUUGUUUGUUCCCUGAAUCUCGUGGACAAACCCUGCGUGAGCGCUCCUGUGUCUUUUCUUAACGUGUGCGUGCAUGUGUGUGAAGGUGUGUGAGUGUGAGUGAGUGCGUGUGUGCGUGUGUGGGCUGAUUGUGACGCCUGCAAAAUGGGCUUUGAGAUUGUGAGCAAUACAUCGAACCCACACCCCCGACACGUAAGCGCUGUCACUACACCUGUGGGUCGGAGCACCUCCCGCGCCCGUC